AAACUAAUAAACGCAUUUCUACAUAAUAAACGGCCCUCGAUAAUAACGUGCACGAUUUGCACGUGCUAUUUAAUGUGGUCAGUUUGACUAGCGAAAGACUUUUGGAGUGUCAAAGACCAGAUAUGAUGGUUCAGGGAGGUGAGACAAUGGACAGCGAGGAUACAAAUAGCGAGGUAGCAAGUCCCCUGAAGGCACCCGACAUGCUGGAUGAAAGUGCCAUCCAGCGUCAGAUGAACAUCGUAGUGUCCGGUGUUUCGUGCAGGCUACCUAGGUGUAGGAACAUGGCAGAGUUCAGAAAAAUGUUGCUUGAAAACCGCAAUAUUAACAUUGACAAAGACUGCGAAUUGGACAUUUCUCUGCUAAGCGUCAACCAUGAGAAAUUCAGUUUGCCAGAUCUGGACAAGUUCGAUGCAGGUUAUUUUGGUAUAUCCCCUGAGAAGGCACGGGUGAUGGAUCCCCAGCUUCGGCAGCUACUGGAGGUUGUCACAGAGGCCGUGGUGGAUGCAGGAGAGGACCCUUACAGUCUGCAGAAUGCGGGCGUAUACAUAGGGGUGGGGGACUGCCACGCCCAGUAUACCUGGAGUACCAACCCAGAUGUCCUGGACAGGAAUGUACCUGAAGUGUGCUCCAAACAUGCCCUCGCUAACACCAUCUCCAAGGUGUUCAACCUGUCAGGUCCCAGCUACACCUUGCAGGGUAGCGAUGCAGCUGGCAGUCUUGCACUUGACCGGGCAUACGAUAGCAUGCUAAGGGGCGAGAUAGAUUGCGCCAUUGUGGGAGGAGUCAGCAUAGACAGCCGGGCUCCACUUACAGACAAAGUUUCAUUAGAGUUUCUCUGUAGACCUUUUGAUGCCAAUGCGUCAGGGAUGUGCUAUAAGGAUGGGGUGGUUACUGUGUUCCUACAGAGACAACAGGGGGCCCGCAGGGUGUACGCAUCAGUGGUACACAGCAAGGCUCAAAUGCUGGCCGCAGAUGACGCAUGGCUGUCCUACCCUAAUGAGGUGAGUCAGGCACGUUUUCUGAGUGAUUUCUACGAGGAGGCAGGUGUGGACGUAGAAGACAUAGACUAUGUUGAGGCACAUGGGUGUGGCCUGCUGAGUGCAGAUAGAUCAGAGGUCGCCGCCCUGGCAACGGCUCUGUGCGGUGACAAGUCUGUACCACUUCAAAUUGGCUCUGUGAAGGCAAAUGUAGGGCACACAAUGGCUGCAUCAGGUCUAGUGUCUUUGCUGAAAGUUCUUGUGGCCAUGGAGACUGGGAUGAUUCCACCCACUGAAAACUUCCAGCGUAUCAAUCCCAGCAUUCCUGCACUGGUGGACGGUCGGGUGCAAGUUGUGAGUGGAAGCACGCGGCUUCAUGACGGCUACUGUGCGGUGAACUGCCUGGGACAGGGGGGAUACCAGUGUCACAUGGUCCUGUAUGGCAACGAGAAGACUCGGGCCCUAAAUUACAUGGCAUCCAGCGCCACCAGACUGUGCCUCCAUCAGGCUUCCACCGAACAAGGCUUGCAAUCAGCUCUCAAGUACAUGUGUGAGCACAGUGGAGAUGUAGAGCUGCACAGUCUGCAGGACAACAGUCAGCAGGCCAAGAACCAGUUUUCUCGCCGGUUCCCAUAUCGCGGUUACUGUCUUCUCAAUGCUACAAGCUCUAGCAUCAAGACGCAAGCGGCCCGUAUCAAUGCCCCGCCCUGCCCGGUGUGGUAUGUGUUCCCAGGGAUGGGCUGCCAGUGGGCUCGGAUGGGUCGGGACAUGAUGCAAUUUGGGCCGUUCCGUAUGAGCAUCCAUGAGAGUGGAGAGACUCUGCAACCCCUUGGCUUCCAUCUACACCGACUCAUCAUGGAGGGAGGGGACAACACUUAUGAUACACCCCUCAACUCAUUUGUAGCCAUUACAGCCAUCCAGCUGGGCCUAGUGAAGCUACUCAAUCUGAUGAAUGUGAAGCCAUCUGGCCUGAUAGGUCAUUCCUCUGGGGAGAUACUGUGUGCUUAUGUGGCUGGAUGUCUCACUGCAAGGGAGGCCAUUUUCACGGCAUACUGGUGUGGCAGAUGUAUCGAGCAGGCUGAUCUGCCCAAGGGGCGUAUGGCUGCUAUAGGUAUGACAUGGGAGGAUGCCAGGGCCACAUGCCCAGAGCAGGUACUUCCUGCCUGCCAUAAUGCCAUGGAAACAGUCACGGUAUCCGGCCCUGCUGCUAUGGUGGAGAGGUUUGUUAGUGGACUGUGUGAGAGGGGCGUGUUCACACGGGAGGUGAGAUGUGCAGGCGUGGCCUUCCACUCUCCCUGCAUGAAGAGUGUGGUCCCUCUACUGAGGAAACAUCUGGAACAGAUAAUCCCUGUGAGAGAGCGACCCAAGUACUGGAUAAGUACGUCAUUGCCAGAGUCUGACUGGGACACUCCGGGAGGGCAGACGUUUUCAGUGGAGUACAUCACCAACAACUUGACACAUCCAGUCUUGUUCCAAGAGGCACUAAAGAAGAUCCCUAGCAACGCAGUUGUCAUUGAAGUUGGCCCUCAUGAUUUGCUGCAGGCCAUUUUGAAGCGUUCCCUGGACUGUUCUCUGCAUGUGGGCUUGAUGAGAAGACAUCACAGAAACAAUGUCGACUUCUUUCUUGAGAAUUUGGGACAGUGUUACCUAAGCGGCCUUGACUUGAAUCCACUGGGAAUCUUCCCAUCCGUAGACUACCCGGUGUCCAGGGGAACGCCCAUGUUGUCGCCAUUGGUUACAUGGGACCACACCCAGUCCUGGGACAUGCCCAGUAGAUUGAACGAGCUGGUGAGGGGCCAUGGUCAAAUUCCUUGCACAACUUUUGAAAUGUUCAGCGGUAGGGAUGGACGAGAUGGCUAUCUGAGGGAUCAUGUCAUAGGUGAACGAACGCUGUUCCCAUUUUCUGGUCACCUUGUCCUGGCAUGGAAGUGUUUAGCCCGCUUUUAUGGGGAAUUGUUUGAGGACCUGUCAGUGAUGUUUGAAGAAGUCCAUCUCCAUCGACAAACGCUACUUAGCAACAAGGACUCACUGCAGUUCCGCGUGACGUUGAUCCCACUAAUAGGAGAGUUUGAGGUUAUAGAAGGUCAUGAUAUAGUGUGCAGUGGUAAGAUUAGACACCUGCAACACCCGACACCUGACACCCGCAAGGAAGUAGGGCCAAUGUCACCAUUGAAAAAAAUGGAAUUGCAGCUGACCUCUGAAGAAGUCUACUAUGAGUUGAGUUCACUGGGUCACAAUUAUGGGUCUGCCUUCAGGAUGAUAUUACAGGCAGAGAACACUGGUGAGUCGGGUGUGGUGCGAUGGACAGGAGACUGGUUGCUCUACCUGGAGGGCAUGCUGCAGAUGAAUAUCCUGUGUGGACCAAUCUGUCCCACCUCCCUCACUCAGGAUGGCCUGCCCUCAACCAAUCACAGCACAGUGGGUGUGGCACAGCUAUCAAUCAUCCCAUCAGUGCAUAAGGAUCAAACUGACAGUGGAUCUUGUAUGGUGUAUGUAGACAAAGGCUGUGCCACAGUGACUUCAGGAGGUAUCACCAUGCAAGGUGUGGUUACUAUGGCAACUGGGAGUGAGAAAUACCAGUCCACAAAGGGCAGCAGUGUGCCCACUAUUACUACCACAGCAGCCUCCCUGAAGAUAAGGGGCAGGCCCCCUACAGCUAGAUGGGAGAUGUCCUUAACUGGGGCUUCAAUCAACAGCCACCUUGUAGACAAUCCAGAUUAUAUCCUGUGUUACCCUCGCUAUGUGAGCAUCGGGUCACACCAUGUUUCCUGCCUGAGACAACUUGGUCAGUACAGUGUGGAGCCCACAUUGGAGUUCAGUGGGAUUGACAAGAAUGGAACACCAGUGAUGGGUCUUGUCCAAGAGCAGGGCAUCUGCAGUGAGGUGUAUGCCAGGAGGUGUCAGGUGUGGCCGAUACCAGAGGGCUGGAGUCUCCAGAGGGCCUGUGUCAUCCCAACGGCUUUCAGGCUCGCCUAUUAUGCACUAGUGGUCAGGGCUCAUGUUCACAAAAAUAAGUCAGUACUGAUAAUUGGAAGUGACAUGUACAGCCAGGCAGCUUUAGAUGUAGCCAUAGAUUGUGGGUCGCAGUGUUUUGCUGCUGCAGAAUCAGCAGAAAGAAUCAAAUGGCUUGAAAAUAAGUUUGAUACAGCCAGACUGAAAAUAGUCCUGAAAGAUAACAUCCACUCUGAAGUUUUGCGCCAAACAAAUGGAACAGGUGUGGAUAUUGUGUUCACAUGCUGUGACAUGCGUGAGGUACCUGGUCUGGGCAGCCUGCUGAAGAAUGGUGGAGUGUUCCUGCAAUGUGGAGCCCUGGAGCGUGGUCUGGAGGUAACUGUGGGGGUCGCCUCUCUACUGCAGCGCAACUGUCAGCUGUGUCACGUGUCCCUGCACAGGCUAGACCCAGAGGACGAGGUGGAGGUCUCCCGCUGUGUGGCAGACGGCAUAUCCAGCGGUGUGGUGACACAGCCCCAGGAGCCCCGCAUCUACCCAUCUGAGCAGGCAGUAAGGGCCAUCGGUCAUAAAGAGAAACAUCCACAAGAGAAUGUGGUUCUUAAGCUGGGUGGAGAAGUGACCGCAGGGCCCCUGGAGGUUCAAGCAGAGAAGAGGGUGCUGUUGUCACCUCACAAGGUGUACAUUCUGGUCAGGGGCCGCACACCACAGGGGUUGGCGCUGGCAUCAUGGCUCAUCAAUAGGGGAGCCAGAAAACUGAUCUUCACAGAAUGUGAAUACAUUGAGAGUGGUCUGGAGCAGAGGAAGUUUCGACAUUGGAAGCAGCAAGGUGUGACAGUGGCCGUGUCUGAACGUGAUGUUUGCCAGAUACAUGAUGCUCGAGAACUUAUCAACGACACUAAGAAGCUUGGCCCUCUUGGAGGAAUCUUCUAUCUAAUCUUGAUGUCUGAAGACCAGCAGGACCCUCCUGUUGUCGGUGCAGUCAACCUUGACCACUCAACUCAUGGCAUCAAGUCUCUAGACUGGUUUGUACUCGUGCAGAUUGGCGGGGAAGUGGACCAGCAACUCAUAAGCUUGAUGGAGAAGAGAAAGGCAGAGGCACUACCAGGCCGAAUUCUGCAUAUGGUUCCCUGCAGUGAGGGGCAGCAGAUUACCAGUGGGGAGCAGCAGAUAACAAGUGGGAACCAGCAGAUGACCAGUGGGGAACCGUGGAGACUGGACAGUGAUGAGUUGGAGAAGGCCCUCAUGUGUGACACCUCCAUCGUGGAUGUGUCUCAUGGGAUAUCAGGCCCCAGGAGGGAGAAGGACUGUGAAUCUGGGCCGUCUGAUGUUAUUACCAUGGUGGGCCGCUUGCUUGGCCUGGAAGAUUUGUCACGUGUGGACGGCUCCCUAUCACUGCUGGAACUGGGGGUGGAUAAAUAUGUUGCCUUGGAGAUGAAACAUCUGCUAGAGAAACAUGCAGCUCUGGUCUUCAAAACAGAUGAAAUUAGAAGGAUGACGGUGCAAGAGCUAUGUAACCUUAGGGACAGUUGGAGGCCAGUACCCAACCAGGAUCAACAGCAGUCGCAGCCAGAAGCACCAAAAGGUAUUUCUGUCCCCACAGUCGUUUCCUCAUCUGCCAUUCCCUUGACAACCAUGCAACAUGGCCCAGUCCUGGACUCUACACAGCUAAUUACCCAGCUGAACUGCAGCACCAGCUUGGGCACCAUCCCUGUGUAUAUCGCAUACAGUGAUGAGUGUGCAGAUGAGAUCAGCCAUCUGGCCAUGCAGCUGAAAUCUCCAGUAUACGGCAUCCAUCCAACCAGAGAUUGUCCCCUCAUGUCCCUACAGGCUCAUACUGGAUAUAUACUGCAGAAUAUUUGCCUGAACAAUAACUAUGAGCCAUUCAUUCUGAUUGGUCACAAGUUUGGGUGUCCAGUUGCCAUAGAGAUGACUCUGCAACUGCAAGCAGCUGACCUCCCCUUGGUCAAGCACCUGGUCUGUAUUGAGGGCUCCCAUGCCCAUGUGUCUGUGUCUGAGGAGGACAUGAUUGUGACGGGAGACAAGAAGACCGUCGGUGAAAUGGAAACUGAGGCAAUUAGGUCAUUCCUGGCUGUCAUGGGAGUAGAUGAAAUUUAUAACAAUAUUACAAUGGAUAGUCUAGAUGAUCUGAAUGAUGAAGCUCUUUUGGAGAAGAUUCAUGUAGCCAUUAGGACCUCCGAACUGAAGAGUGUUCAUAGAGUUGCCUCUCUUGAUCUCAAAGAGGAUCAACUCCAGGACAUGCUGUAUGCCUAUGUGCAGCAGUACCAAAACAUGUGUCUGUACCAACCUGACUCGGUCUCCAAGAUAGGUGUAACCCUGAUUAGGGGACGUCAGCCAACAGGAGCCAAAAUACUAAGGGACUACUCACUUUCUAAGGUAUAUGAGGAUGGAGUGUCUGUGCACAUCCUGAACACAGAGUGUGGGGGUCUGCUAGCCGGGGAGAUGUGCAGCGAGGUGGCCAGUACCAUCAAUGCCAUCAUUGACAAGGUCAAGGUCACAGUGUGACUCCAGGAUGUUAGGGCAUGGACAGCUGACAUAAACAUCCUUACGUGACUUUGACUAUUUGUUGCGUGAAAGCAUGGUGGCAGAUAUUGUGUUACUUAGCACUUAUUUAUAACAACUUUACAUGCUUCACCAUUUCAGUCAUCGUAAAUUUGUACUUUGCCUAGUCAAAAUAAUUCGUAAAAAAACUUAAUUAUCAUACACAAGUUCAUGUUAAUUUGGAAAUAGUUAAAUUUUCAUGUUGCAUGUGAUUUUGAUUGAUAUGUUUUUGGAAUAUUGAUGUUUACAUCGUCACUUUUAGAGUCUGGCUUUGAAGGUGGUGGGUCAUUUAGAUUUCUUCUGUAAUUCUGACCAUCCAAUUUUUAUGCUCCCCAUAUAUAUAUAUAUAUAUGGGUAGCAUAUCGUUGCCAGUUUGUACUUCCGUACUUCCUUCUGUCACACUUUUGUUACAGUUUCCCAUAGCGCCUUUAAUAUUUUACCGAUCUCUUAUAUAUUUGGCAUGUAGGUACCUUGCAUGGACCUCUACCUUUUGAUGAGGUUUGAGGUCACUGGGGUCAAGGUCACCAAGGCUAAUAAUAGAUUUUUCCGUCACAUUUUUGUUACAGUUUCUCAUAGCGCCUUCAAUAUUUAACCUAUGUCUUACAUAUUUGGCAUGUAGGUACUUUGCAAAGACCUCUACCUUUUGAUGAGGUUUGACAUUACUGGGGUCAAGGUCACCGAGGCUAAUAAUAGAUUUUCUGUCACACUUUUUUUUACAGUUCCUCAUAGCGCCUUCAAUAUUUUACCGAUCUCUUGCAUAUUUGGCAUGUAGGUACCUUGCAUGGACCUCUACCUUUUGAUGAGGUUUGAUGUCACUGGGGUCAAGGUCACCAAGGCUUUUAAUAGAUUUUAUCAAGGUCACACUUUGGUUACAGUUUCUCAUAGCGCCUUCAAUAUUUGACCGAUCUCUUAUAUAUUUGGCAUGUAGGUACCUUGCAUGGACCUCUACCUUUUGACGAGGUUUGAGGUCACUGGGGUCAAGGUCACUGAGGCUAAUAAUAGAUUUUCUCAAGGUCACGCUUUUUUUUCCACACAAUUAACCCAAAUAUUGACAAAGCAUUAUUGGGGAGCAUCCAUCAGUUUUACUGAUAUCCUUAUUUGUGUUGAUCAUAACUUAAAUCGUAUAAGUGUGACAGAGAUAUUAAAUUUUGCAAAUUUAUUAGCAAGUAUUUGUAGGUAUUUGAAAAAUACAUUGCCUAAUAGGGUGCCAAAUGGCUAGUUCCGUUUCAGUAUUUCAUAUUAGACACUCAAGCAGUUAUUUCUAUUACGGCAUUAAAUAUACAUUUCAUGCCAAAAUUUGUUUCAAUCAUUUACAUCAAUAAAACAAUAAAAAAUUACAAAUUAAAAAUAUGUGUGCAAGUCUAAGAAUUUCAAAGGUAACUCAGUAAAAUGGGGCCCAAAUGAAAUAAAAACAAUUAAAAGUGUAUUUGUGUAAUAUUCGUUUUUGUUGGUUCAUUGGUCUACAUUGAAUGUAGUUGCUGAUUUGAAGAAAACAACAAACCUGACUAUACCAUGUAGUCAAAUAUUGAAAAUGUCGUCACAAAUGCAUUGUUACAUCCCUAUGAUUGUGUGUCUCAGACCUUAAGUACUGUUUUCAUUCUGAGUUCUUGUACAUUGAUUUGUUCAUAAUCAUAAAACAUAUGAGCCAUUCUCAUUAAAAUAUCAGCUCUUGUUGCUAUAAAUACAGUUAAAGUAGGAAACAUUGCCACUACCUUCCAUCCUAUCAGCAUAACAUCUUGUCAAAUAAAACUGAACAGCA